UGUUCGUUGCAUCGUCCAAUGCGUCAGUAUUUCUGUCCGGUUCUGAAACUUCGCCCAAAAUAAUAUUAUUUUUCGCAGCUGUAUUAACAUUGUAGUUUUAUCGCAAGCGGCGUUAAGAAAUUCUCUAUAAGAGGCAUUCUGAAAAAUCUACGAAACCCUCUAAAAAUUGUAUCCAUUGUUCAUUAUAUAAGUUGACAGCAUUCGGAGCUUUAACUAAAGAAAAUGGCAUUCAAGAGAGAAUAUGCAUAUUUCUUUGCCGUAAUGAUGGGAAUGGCGAUGCUCAUGGCGGCUGCAACUAGCGUUGUCGCUGAGGGAGACACAGAGAGAUCGAAACCCCAGCGCCUGUCUCAGAAUACUACUGAGGCGCCUUUUGCUGUCAAAUUGUCAAAGACAACGGAAUUGAAAUCUGGGGCGUCUGAUAAUCUUCCAGGAGAUUCUACUGACAUGGCGAUAUACGAGCAGGCGCAUAAAAGGACAAAAAUCCUAUACAUCAUCAUUUUGCUAUUGCUCGCUUUUCUGGCUUUUCUCUGGUUCCAUCGUUUUCUCGCGGAUUUUAUAUUCAUUUAGCCUUUGAUGAGAGUCAGAACUCAAGAUUUCUUACCAUUUGACAGAUAUCCUGAUAAGACCUUUUCCCGCUCUUUUGGAGCAGUCGAUGUGUCGAAUCCAAUGGAUUUUGGAACAAUCCCUCUCUAACAAUUUUAUGCAGAAUAGCUAAAUCUUCUCCAAAUUCUGGUUCUCUUAUUUUCACUGAACAGAAUUUUAUCAUGAUUGGAGUUAAUCUAGAAAGUACUGGUUAAAAUUUA